AUGAGAAAUUUUUCCAUAAAAAUUACACACGAAUCCUAAUUUUUCGAGAUAUCAUCUAUUUUGUAAAAUUUAUUCACGACCAUUUAUAUGUCUAGAAUGUUAGAAUGUUAUAAAUAUUAAGAAAGCUGGUUCUACAUGCAAAUUUUGUAUAAAAAUAUUCUAUUAUUCCCUUAUAAAAAAUACACAAAAAGAUUCUAAUAGAUGUCCUGUGUAUUUUUGGUUCAUUAUAAAAUUUCAAUAAUUGGAAAAUUGGAAAAUUGGCUUGUGAUUCUACUGAGAGAAUUGAAAUCUGAGUACGAAAAAGGAUAUUAUGAAGACAAUAAUAACUUUUAUAGUUAAUAUAGUAGUGUUAAUUUUAGAUUCUCUUUCUGUUAAUGCUAUGAUCAAUUAAAUAACAAUUAUAAAAAUAUGGCAUACUAUUAUUUGUAGUUUUUGUGAUUCUAGUUAAUUAUUAAUAUAAAGGAAUUGCUAACCUAAAUUUGAACUUAGAUAUAACUAUAUAAAGAAUGUGAAGAUGGUAAUAAUACUUUAAAUGAUUUAUGCAAACCUUGCCAAUUUCAAAGUCUAAACGUUCUUAGAUUUAAAAUUAACCUUCUACUUUACUUUGUCCAAAUGCUUGUUUGAAUAUCACAUUUUCAGUUGA